AUGUCUGAGAACGCAGCCAACAUCAUCAUGGACAACAAGAUUUGCAAAGACGCCCUCGUCUCUGAGUUACAGAAGAAGAAAGUCCAUCUCUUUUACUGCUUAGAGUGCGAAGAACUUGCUCACAAAAUCGCCGCCGAAUCUGAUCAUAUCACCCUUCAAUCCAUCAACUGGAGGAGCUUUGCUGAUGGAUUCCCGAAUCUGUUUAUCAACAACGCACAUGAAAUCCGAGGACAGCACGUUGCUUUCCUUGCUUCAUUCAGCUCUCCUGCGGUCAUCUUCGAGCAGAUCUCAGUCAUUUACUUGCUCCCUCGCUUGUUUGUGGCCUCCUUCACAUUGGUGUUGCCUUUCUUCCCCACUGGUUCCUUUGAGAGAAUGGAAGAGGAAGGAGAUGUUGCAACUGCUUUCACCAUGGCAAGGAUUGUCUCCAAUAUCCCCAUAUCUCGUGGUGGUCCGACUAGUGUCGUCAUCUAUGACAUUCACGCUCUCCAGGAAAGGUUCUACUUUGCUGAUCAAGUUCUUCCUUUGUUUGAGACUGGAAUCCCAUUGUUGACGAAACGUCUGCAACAGCUUCCUGCAAGUGAAAAGGUCAUAGUUGCAUUUCCGGAUGAUGGAGCUUGGAAGCGUUUCCACAAGCUGUUGGAUCAGUAUCCCACGGUGGUGUGCACAAAAGUUCGUGAAGGAGAUAAGAGAAUAGUGAGGCUUAAGGAAGGAAACCCUGCUGGCUGCCACGUUGUUAUCGUGGAUGAUCUUGUGCAGUCUGGUGGUACACUCAUUGAAUGCCAGAAAGUAUUGGCAGCUCAUGGAGCAGCGAAGGUGAGUGCUUAUGUAACUCAUGGUGUCUUCCCAAAGAGCUCUUGGGAGCGUUUCACUCACAAGAACAACGGAUCAGAAGAAGCGUUUGCUUACUUCUGGAUCACGGAUUCUUGUCCACAGACGGUUAAAGCCUUAGGAGACAAAGCUCCUUUCGAAGUCUUGAGCCUUGCCGGAUCAAUUGCUGAUGCUCUGCAGAUUUGA